AUGCUUCCUCAAGUCAUGACAUUUGGCUCAGAAACCUGGACUACGACCAGCUUACUGGAGAGUAAAUUAGCACGUGCCCAGAGAGGAACGGAAUGGGUGAUGCUGGGAAUUAGCCUAAGGGAUAGGAAGAGGAUCCAGGCCGCAAUCUUUCUGGUGGCGGCAGUGGCAGUUUCCGCCUCAGCCAUGGGGGAGCAGGAGGAGGUGGACCUCGGAGUUGGCUUCUUUCAGGGACCUGACGAGGCCGACCUUCUCGUGCCAGAAGAGAGCCAACAGGUCUCAGUAGUGGCCGCGACGGAUCUCAAGCCGUCUGCUACAGGUUACGGAGGUGGAAAAGGUCACAAGGCCGACAAGGGAUAUAAGGGCUCGUACCAUGACAAGGCCGGCUAUAAGGGUCACAAGGGACAUAAAGCCAACAAAGGCUACAAAGGCAGCCACUACGGCGACCAUGGAAAGGCCCAGUACAAGGGAUACAAGGGCAACGACGGCAAGAAGUACAAGGGGCAUCACGACAAGCACAAGUAUUACGGUGAUUCUCACAAAGGCAAAAAGGGCAAGAAAGGUCAUCACUACGGAUCCAAGGGUCACCAUAACAAAGGUCACAAAGACAAGGGCCUCAAGAACGUCUACCACAAGGAGGAGUACCACCACAACAAGAAGUUCUACGACGACAGCGACAAGAAGAAGUACCACAGCAAAUACGACGACUUCGACGCCUACUUCAAGGGCCACAAGGGCAAGGACUACAAGGGAGGCCACUACAAGGGAGGACAUCACCACGACAAGCACGGCCACAAGGGACACCACGAGAAGGGCAAGUACCACGAUGACCACAAGGGCCACAAGGGCCACUACGGCGACAAAGGCCACUACGGACAAAAGAGUUCCUACGGCAAGAAGGGAGGACACAAGGGGUCGUAUGGCCAUGACGACCACAAGGGAUAUGGCCACGACGAUCACAAAGGAUAUGGCCAUGAUGAUCAUGGCCAUGGUGGAUAUGGCCACGACGACCAUGGUCAUGGCGGCGGAUAUGGCCACGACGACCAUGGUCAUGGUGGCGGAUAUGGCCACGACGACCACGGACAUGGCGGCGGAUAUGGCCAUGACGACCACGGUCAUGGUGGAUAUGGUCACGACGCUCAUGGUCAUGGCGGCGGAUAUGGCCAUGAUGACCACGGUCAUGGUGGAUAUGGUCACGACGAUCAUGGUCAUGGCGGCGGAUAUGGCCAUGAUGACCAUGGUCAUGGCGGCGGAUAUGGCCAUGAUGACCACGGCCAUGGAGGCGGAUAUGGCCAUGAUGACCACGGCCAUGGCGGCGGAUAUGGCCAUGACGACCACGGUGGUUACGGUUCUCACUCGAAAGUCAAGCCAGUCAUUGCCUCGCCCGCCCCCGCCAACGGCGCCAGAGCGAAUUCCUUCCUCAAACCACAAAGUUUCUAG